AAAGACAUCCCUCCAGACUUCCUUCUCCAGUCUUCUUUCUUUGCUUAAAUUUUCUUCUUACCGCCGGCGACCUUCACCUCCUCUUUCAUCGCCGGAAUCUAUAAAAUUAUUACACAAAUUAAACCAUGGACUUGUUUUCCAUUGCCACAAUUUUCCUUGUGCUUCUUUCCUAUUAUGCAUUCUCUUACCUCAGCCCCAAAUCCCGUUCAAGAAACCGGCGGCCGCCUGAAGCCGGCGGCGCGUGGCCUAUCAUCGGCCAUACACACAUCAUGCGAAACCAAUCCCCCGACAAGCUCGCCCACCUCACCUUCGCCGCCAUGGCCGAAACCUACGGCCCGAUCUUCAGCCUCCGGUUCGGCAGCCGGCCCGGCCUGGUCGUGAGCAGCCGGGAACUGGCGAAAGAAAUAUUCACCACGUGUGACAUGGUCGUGUCGUCCCGACCGUUCUUGAAGUCGGCGGAAAUCAUCAGCUACGAGUCGGCGAUGAUAGGGUUCAUCAAGUACGGACAGUAUUGGCGGGACGUGAGAAAGCUGAUCAGAGUGGAGCUCCUGUCCAUGCGCCGGAUGCACAUGCAGAGGCACGUGCUCGCCGCCGAGACUGCGCAGUCUGUCCGAGAACUGUACGGUCUCUGGGGCGAGAGGAAGAACGCUUCGGGAAGUGCUCCGGUGGAGAUGAUCGAGUGGUUUGGGAAUCUGAAUCUGAACACAGUUUUAAGGUUGGUGGUCGGGAAGAGAUAUGCAAUCUCUGGUGACGAAGUAGCCGAGGCGAGGCAUUGCCGGAGGGUCAUGAAGGCGUUUUUUGAACUUAUCGGACUUCCGACGAUCGGCGAUGUCGUGCCGUUUCUCCGGUGGCUCGAUAUUGGCGGAUUCGAGAAGAAAAUGAAGGAUACGUUUCAUGAAAUGGAUGCUCUCAUCUCCAAAUGGUUGUCAGAACAUCGCGCCGCCGCCGCCGACGGCAAGCAAGAUGACUUCAUGGAUAUAAUGAUUGGAGUCCUCAAAAAUGCAAAGUUUGGAAACGAGUACGAUGAAGACACCGUCAUCAAAGCCACUUGUUCGAAUUUGAUUUCGGGAAGUGAUACGAACGCAGUGAUGUUAGUAUGGCUGCUGACCCAUUUACUCAACAACCCUAAAGUGCUAACGAAAGUCCAGCAAGAGCUCGACGAGAAAGUCGGGAGAGAGCGGCGGCUGGAGUCGUCGGACAUAGACAACCUCGUAUACCUCGAAGCCGUAGUGAAAGAGUGUCUCCGGCUGUUCCCGGCGGGGCCGUUGGGGGGGAUACGGGAAUUCAGUGAGGACUGCAACGUAGGAGGCUACGAAAUAGAGAAAGGCACGAUACUCUACGUCAACGUCUGGCAGUUGCAGAGAGAUCCGGAAGUUUGGCCGGAGCCCACCAAGUUCUUGCCGGAGAGGUUUCUCGGCGCCGACAACCAUAAUGAUUUCCAGUGGGUCCCGUUCGGCGGCGGCCGGAGAAUCUGUCCCGGAGCGAAUUUGGCGUUGGAGAUGAUGAAGGUGGUGAUGGCCAUUUUGCUGCAUGCAUUUGACGUAUCGACGCCGGACGAUGAACCUGUAGACAUGACUGCAGCUCUUGGUGUGACCCUUACCAAGAUUACUCCAUUAAAUGUAAUGGUUUCUCCUAGGCUGCCCGCUUCUCUCUACUAAUAAAUAAAAUUAACGAAUAAAUAAAAUCAGGGUUAUGUUAUAUAUAUAUAUAUAUAUGUUAUGGUUUGAUGUUGUUUAUGUUUGGGAUCAUGAUGGUUGUAGUAAUCUUGAAGCUGUAAGGAAUAAUUGUGGUUUCGUGUUCUGGAUUUGUAAUGUAUUUUGAUAAGAUUAGUUGAAAUUGUAUGAUUUAUGGUUAUAA